AUGGACGCUCUUUGGCGAGAACAAAAUGCUUCGACGCCGGCCGCCCUGUCACGACUUUCAAUCUUCAUUGAAUCCAAAGAUGGAUCCUCUCCAUUUUUUCACAGCCUUCCCCGUGGACCUCUCUCGAUCAUCUUGGGCGUUGUCGCCCUGUUUAUCCUCGGUCUAGGACCGCUCUACGACUUUCUCGAGCGAAAAGGCAACAAGCAUACCAUUAUCGGCGACUGCGGAUGGUGGCUGCGUCGAACUGGACUCACUAGGUUCAAUCUCGAUCCCAAUAACAUCGUGUUUCGAGGCUACGACAAUUUCACCAAGCAGGACAAGAUUUGGGCGACUUGGAUCAAUGAUGAACUGAUUCACAUCCUGCCUCCGAGUUUGGUAGACGAUGUGAAGAAUCAGCCGCUACAGAAGCUUUCGUUUCUGAAGGUCGUUGACGAGCAUUUCAUGUGGAAUCUUCAUGUCGGAGACAUGGUCUGUCAGAGGGACUAUGUCAAAGCCGUCAAGUCACAGCUCAACUUCAGUCUUCCGACAAUGACCAACUACAUUGCGGCACAGACUGAUAUUGCUAUUGACGAGAGAGUUGCUCCCAAGGGUAACCUCCGAGGUUGGAGGACCGUCAUGUUAUGGGAUGCCACCCUGGACAUCAUCCACCGGGUGACAGCUGCAGUAAUGGUUGGGCCCGAGCUAGCAGCAGACGCAGAAUACAUCUACCAUGCACGAGGAUACACCGAAGAAGUAACCAACUGGAACGCAAAGCUGUUCGCCAUGCCAGACUUCCUUCGAACCAUCUUCUGGCGACUCUCGUCUGGCGGGCGUCUCAUCCGGUACCACCAGCGUGAGGUUCAAAAGAAAGUCUAUCCUGAACUGAGAAGGCGCCAAGCAGGAGACUUUUCGAGCGAGAACUUCGCCAUGUUAGACGGUCUACUGAAAAGCGCAAAGGAYGAUACUGAGCAGUCGUAUGCUCGGAUUGUUAACCAAGAAUUGUUCUUGACAUUCGCAGCUGCGGGACUCUUCUCCGUCGUGGUGUGUCAGUUGAUUCUUUCCGUCCUCGGACAUCCCAAGUAUCUCGAGCCACUGCGGGAGGAGAUUACGACCGCUGUGAAUGAACAUGGUGGAUGGACUAAAGAAGCUUGCGCGAAGAUGCCCAAGUUGGACAGCUUCUUGAGGGAGACUCUGAGAUUGAGUCCACCAACAGCUUUCACUCUGCAACGAAAGGUCGAUGUGGACAUUCCAUUAUCCAAUGGCGAGGUCGUUAAAGCCGGGACUCUCAUCGGCUUCCCAACGCUCGCUAUUCAACGCGAUCCCGAGUUCUAUGAGAAUCCACUAGAGUUUGACGGAUAUCGCUUCUUCAACGCCGACGACAAUAUAUCUGCCGUCAGAUCCGUGACACAAAGCCGGACCUACUUGCCAUUCGGCUACGGAACUCAGACCUGCCCCGGUAGAUUUCUAGCCACGGAGACGGCCAAGAUUGUCUUUGCAAAGUUUCUGGUGGAUUACGAAAUGCGGUUCACCCCAGAGCGUUUGGGCAAACCUGUUGACUGGCCAAUUGGAGGUCAAAUCAUGCCGAACAUUGACACUUAUGUCUCGAUGAGACGACGGGCAUAA